AUGAAAAGAUUUCAUCUUGGCAGAAACUUUUUUCAUCAUUUCCUGCAAAAUUCAUCAGCAAGAGAAAAUAAAUUAUACAGAAGGAUUCCGAUACGAAUUGAUGAUAAUCAUCAGCAAAAUUUCCAAAAAUGUUUUUCUAUAAAUUUUAAUACAAAUCUUCAAGAACAAUCAUCGGAAGAAGGUAAUAAUAACAGAAAAAAAAAGGAAAAUCAAAUCAAGAGAAGGAAACUCUUUGAAUGGUAUUCGACUAGUCAUAAUCCAUUGAGUAUUGAUGCUCCAGAUUCACUUUUUAGGGAUCAUCAACAGGAGCUUUUGGAUAGUGUUGAUCCGGAUGAGGAAGGAUUGGAAGUAAAAAACACAAUAAUUAGAAAGAAGGAAACUGAUAUGAAUCAAGUUUAUGAGUGGAUGGAUCAUGGAGAAAGUGAAAUGUUCGGAUUCUUGAAUGAGAAACGAAUGGAACCAAGAAAUAGAACGGAUCGAUGGGCUCAAUGGUGGGCCAGAAGAUGUGUUGCAAGAAUUUUAAAGUUUUUAUUUGGAAGAAACAUGCUGAGGUAUUCUGUCUUUUUGGAAACCAUGUCAGCAACUCCUGGAAUGGUUGGUGGAAUGUGGAGACAUUUUGCAUCUCUAAGAAGUAAGCCAAUUGAUAGAUGUAAAAAGGAACAUUUAAGAGUUGGAGCAUUAUUGGAGGAAGCAGAAAAUCAUAGAAUGCACAUGUUAGUUCUCUUGGAAAUGACUCAUCAGAACAUUCUGGAAAGAAUACUCAUGGUUGUUGCACAAUUGAGUUUUUCACAAUAUUAUUUCUAUAUUUAUAGUUUAGCAGGAAAAACAUUCUCACACCGAUUUGUUGGAUAUUUGGCAGAAACUGCAGUGGAAAGUUAUGGAUUAGUUUUGAAACAAAUCGAUGAAAAGAAAAUUGCAAAUCCACCAGCACCGGAAAUGGCAAUUAAUUAUUGGAAUCUUCCUAAAAACGCAACUCUGAGAGAUGUAAUUCUCGCUAUUCGAAUGGAUGAAUGUAAACAUCGAGAAUUUAAUCAUGCUCUCUCAGAUGAAAUUUAUUUUGAAAAGGAAUCCAAAAAGAAUGUAAAAUAA